AGGGGCUAACCUCAAAUAUUUGUUUACUGCGAAAUGUGCAUUUCUAAACUGCAAAUUAUUGAUUUGUAGUAAUAUAUCUGCGUAUUUUUUAGUAUUCUGAGUGACGAUUGAUUGAAAUUCCAAAUUUUAAGAGACACUUUUCAUCGUAAAAUGCCUACGACAAAGAGAACAGCUCCCAAUAUUCUCAUAACAGGUACUCCUGGAGUGGGUAAAAGCACCAUGGCUCAAAAAUUAGCCCAAAAGACCGGCUUAAUCUGGCGGGAUGUUAGUAAACUUGCGAUUGACAAUGAAUGUCUUGAAGAAUAUGACGAAGUAUACAAAUGUCCUGUGCUGGAUGAAGACAAACUAUUGAACAGCAUGGAAACCUACAUGGGCAAAGGAGGCAACAUUGUCGACUACCACGGUACUGAUUUUUUCCCAGAAAGAUGGUUUGACAUUGUGUUUGUUCUGCGUACCAACAAUACAAUUCUUUACGAUCGUCUGACAGAAAGAGGCUACCAGGGGAAGAAACUCGAGGACAAUAUCGACUGCGAAAUAUUUCAGACAAUUUUAGAAGAAGCCAAAUCUUCGUACAAAGAGGAAAUCGUUCACGAAUUGCAGAGCAAUACACAGGAAGAAAUUGACGUUAAUGUUAAUAGGGUUUGUCAGUGGCUGGAACAAUGGAAGAAAGAUAACCAAGUUGUAUAAAUAAAGUCCUUGAAGUAUUUAUUUA